AUGGACCUCACUGAUCACCCACAAUCAUCCAGCAAGCCAACAGGCACUGCCAACAAGAUGGCUCUCGACCUCUCUUCGUUUGGGAUUCUCCCACCGGGAAUCCUGACCCAGCCGACACCUUUCUCACUCAACGUUUCUAUGAGAGAUAUCCAUCGCCUCUCGGCCCAAGUCGACCAGGCCAACAUCGCUGUGCCUCAGUAUUACAAUACCCACGCGGACCCUGUCAAUGGAACGUACGGAAUUUCCCGCUCCUGGCUUCUCGAUGCCCAGCAAAUCUGGCUCUCCGAAUUUGACUGGCGCGCGCACGAGGAACAACAAAACAAGUUCCCCAACUUCCGCAUCAACGUCACUCUCCCGUCAGACGGACAGGUUUUCGACCUCCACUUUGCCGCCUUGUUCUCCAAGCGUGAGGAUGCCGUCCCCAUCACCCUUCUCCAUGGCUGGCCAGGGUCCUGGAUGGAGUUUCUCCCAGUCAUGGAACUUUUGGUGGAGAAGUACACCGCCGACACUCUCCCCUACCACGUUGUUGUCCCGUCGAUCCCUGAUUACGGCCUCAGUUUCCGCCCCGAGGAGACCAAGGAGCUGACCAUGGCAACCGCGGGCGAGGCCAUCAACUCUCUCAUGGUUCAAUUGGGCUUCAAUGGAUACGUGGCACAGGGAGGAGAUGUUGGCAGCUUCCUGUCACAGGUGCUGAGCCAUCAUGACGAGUGCAAGGCUUACCAUUUAAACAUGUUUUUCAUGACAUCCCAACAGCAAGCCUCCGUCGCUCAUCUGAAUAUCUCGGCCGAAGAACAAGCAAAGGUGGACUACGCUGCGGCUUGGGCCACCACCGGUAACGCCUACGCUGUCGAGCAUGGAACCCGCCCUUCGACCAUUUCCCUGGUGCUUCAGACCAACCCAGUUGCAAUGCUAGCCUGGAUGGGUGAAAAGUUGAUUGAAUGGUCCGACAACAGACACUCCCCGUUCCCAUCUAUCGACACCAUUCUCUCGUUUGUCUCGUACUAUUGGUUGACCAACUCGUAUGCCCGGUCAAUGUGGGCGUAUUCCGAACUGACCAGCGUUGUUGGCGGUGAGCUUCCGCCAUACAACCCUUCGUUGACAAAACCCAUGGGCUACUCGUGCUUCCCGGUGGAGAUUGCCACGCUUCCUGAAUCUUGGGCUAGAGAGCUGUUCCCAAAUUUGGUAUUUUAUGGAGUUCAUGAAAAGGGCGGCCACUUUGCGGCACUGCAAGCCCCCGAGGCAUUCUUGAGUGAUAUUGAGCAGUUUUUGGCGAUUGUGAAGGACACUGUGCUAGGAUCAGCUUAA